UGCGUGUUAGAUGUAAGACGAUCUUACUUUUUUGUUCCCGUUUUUUAUUUUUUUAUGCAUGAAGCGCUUGUUUAGCGUCAGGUUUGUAAUUCCGCUCGCGCUAUCCAGCAGGUCUCUGAGACUGACACUGAGGCCUGUGAACGCGCUCUUUGCAGGAAGCGCGUGCACCGAACGGCAGCCGCCCGAAGCUCCGCCCCCCUCCGUCCCCGCAGUUCAAACAGCUCACUGCGCUCUCAGGACACUUGUCUUCAGCUGGACUCUAAUAGGAUUUGUUUUGUGUCCAGAUCCUCCAGAGGAGCGCGAGCGUCCCAGCCGGAGCAGGAGACUGCCAGGCAGGCAAACACCAGCAGAUGAGGAUGAUGAUGAUGAAACUAUUGCGCUAGUGCCAGAUGGUUUGGGAAUGAUGGACGUCCCUAAUGGCCAACCCAGUGUCUCCACUGCUGUCACCUCAGAGAAGAGCAGCAGUUCAGAGUCUCUGAGUGAGAAGGGCUCGGCUGAGCUGAAGAAAAGUUUCGAUGCUGUUGUCUUUGAUGUGCUGAAGGUCACACCAGAGGAAUAUGCAGGUCAGAUCACACUUAUGGAUGCUCCAGUGUUCAAAGCCAUCCAGCCUGAGGAGCUCUCAAGUUGUGGCUGGAACAAAAAAGAGAAGCACAGUUCAGCUCCUAAUGCCGUGGCUUUCACACGAAGAUUCAAUCAGGUGAGUUUCUGGGUGGUGCGGGAGAUUCUUCAUGCCCAAACUUUGAAGAUCAGAGCUGAGGUUUUAAGUCUCUACAUCAGGACAGCAAAGAAACUGUGUGACAUGAAUAACCUCCAUGCAGUAAUGGCAGUGGUGUCAGGUUUACAGAGCGCUCCUAUUUUCAGACUCACCAAAACGUGGGCUCUGUUGAGUCGUAAAGACAAGGCUACAUUCGAGAAACUGGAGUAUCUGAUGGCGAAAGAAGACAAUUACAAGAGACUGAGAGACUACAUCAGCAGCCAGAGUAUGACCUCUUGCAUACCGUAUCUAGGUAUGUAUCUGUCUGAUCUCACCUACAUAGACUCGGCGUAUCCCUCCACCGGCAGUAUUCUGGAAAAUGAGCAGAGGUCCAACCUGAUGAACAACAUUCUGAGAAUCAUCUCAGACCUGCAGAGAUCCUGUGAAUAUGAUAUACCUGAACUGCCUCAUGUCCAGAACUAUCUCAACUCAGUUCACUACAUUGAGGAGUUACAGAAGUUUGUAGAGGAUGACAACUACAAGUUGUCUUUAAAGAUUGAGCCAGCCACAAGCACACCUCGUGCAACUGCCUCUAGAGAAGACCUCGUAGGUUCGGAUGCAUCUGGUUCGCCCUUGUGUGGUCGUCGUGGCAACUCUGCUGACGGUGGCCUGCCUAAAGUCCCGGGUACUCCGCCUUCCCCUCGAAACCUUCUACCCUAUGGACACAGGAAGUGUCACAGCCUGGGCUACAAUUUCAUUCAUAAGAUGAACACAGUGGAGUUUAAGAGUGCUACAUUCCCCAACGCUGGAUCCAGACACCUGCUGGACGACAGUGUCCUGGAGAGCAAUACACCUACACGAGGACAAGCAGAGAGCUCCACUCUGUCCAGUGGCAUCUCACUGGGAAGCAGUGAAGGAUCUGAACUCAGUGAAGAAAUGUCUUGGCCUGCAUUUGAAAGGACACGUUUCUACCACUCUCUGGGCCCAGUGACCCGAGUAGGCCGCAUCUCCUGCAGAGGAGGUCUCAGGCCCAGCAGCUCAGCCGAGUCUGAGGAGCUGGCGGUGCACCUGUACCCUGGAGCAGUGACCGUCCAGGGAGUGUUACGCAGGAAGACCAUCCUAAAGGAGGGGAAGAAACCUACUGUGGCUGCAUGGACUAAGUACUGGGUGGCGCUGUGUGGUACUCAGCUCUACUAUUACACUGCCAAGUCUCUCAAAGCCACUGAGAGGAAGCAUUUUAAGUCGACCUCGAGUAAGUGUGUCUCAGUGGUGGGGUUGAUGACCAUGAUGGCAGAUGACCCAGAGCAUCCCGACGUCUUCCUGCUGACAGACUCUGAGCACGGAAACUCGUACAAGUUCCAGGCAGGGAACAGAAUGAACGCUUUGCUGUGGUUUAAACACCUCAGUGCAGCAUGUCAAAGCAACAGACAACAGGUUCCAGCAAAUCUAAUGUCCUUUGAAUGAAAGGUCCAAUCAGAUGGCAAAAGAACUAUUUAAAAGGCGGGUGCUAAAAGACAGGUGAGAAGAGGUUGAGGAGUGGGGGAGCAGGAAGAGAAGAGGAGUGGAGAGAGUAACUAUUUUACAGUAGCUUUUCCACUGCCAUCACCCAGCCUGAGUCUCACUGCAAAGCCCUCCACCACCACUGCCUUACAGAGUGGAGCAAGAGUCAAGUGUGUGUGUGUGUGUGUGUGUGUGUGUGUGUGUGUGUGUGUGUGUGUGUGUGUGUGUGUGUGUGUUGGUGUAGAGCCCUCUCUCCUCUGCCACCACUUUUUUUUUUUCCCACUCUCUUCCUCAUUGUAUUGGCACUCUCUCCAUUACAAUCUCUUUCUCUACCAAAGUGAGGAAAUCUGUGUCCCUCUUCCUCAGAACAACUUCUGUUCCUGCGUCUCAUCCAGUGCACCAACUGGAUAUCUGGGUCUUAACUCCACACACACACACCUUCACUUCUUUUCUUUUUUUAUUUCUUUUUUUAUUUCUUAUUUUUUUUUAUUUUAUGUCCUGUUUCCUCCGUUCACGUGGCUGAACAGCUGGGCCCAAGCACCAUCCACUAGUGGAGUGAAAAUCUGAACUCUUCUCCUCUUCAUGCCUCGCACAUACCACCAGGACACUGCAGGACCUUCUCCUUUCUACUAAGGAGACUGUUUUUAAAUGGGGCUGCCACAUUUAGGCCAAAUCCCCGCUCUCUCUCACUCUCACUCUCGCCCAUGCACGCACAUCGUCGCACAUGUUGAUUCUGUUCAUACACUUGAGUUGGGCUCAAGCAAGCAUGACACAAGAUUUUCCAAAUGCAGGUUUAACUGCAAGGAGUGGAAGUGUCUCAUUUGUUAUAACCAUUUCAACACUUUGAAAAGCAACCAAAAAAAGGGCUCUGAUACUAAAUGAAUUCCACAUGAAAAGUAUUCCCGUAAAACUCUUGAAUAUUUGCAUCACCUUUUUAUUAUCUUAGAGAUUUGUAUAAAUUACACCUGCAUGCACUCACACACAUACACGCAUAGUCACAUCCAGUUACACAACUCGAGCAUUAGGGACAAAGAUGAUGAAUUGUUUUGUAGUCAGAGGCACUUAAGCCAUCUGUCUCAGAGAGAUGGUUUGUGCGAGGGGAAGAGAGAGCGAACGAUGAGGAGGGUUAAUGAAGAGGAAGAAAGCGAAUGUAAAAAUUGAGUUUAAUUACCCAUGUUUGGGUGGGGGAGUAUGGCACAGUGUGCACAGGGGUGGGUGGUUGGGUGGGUGGUUCGGGUGUUCGGGGUUUCUACAGCAGGUGCUCUUUAUGGUACGACUGAAGCUGAACAAGCCUCUAAACAGAGGUCAUGUGUACAGUCUUUUUUUUAUCUCUACUCUCCUUCUUUCACUCUGUCUCUCUCUUCCCCACAAGUUAAAAGUUAAAAGCUAAAAUGUGGGAUGUUGCCUACCAGGACACACACAUUUUCUUAUUUACUUGAAAGCUGUGAAUGUCAGUUGGAUUUUUGCCUGUAAUCUCAGUGGUGGUUUAACUUUAUUUCCUUACACCAGUAGUUUGUAAUAGCAGAUAGGAUUAAAAAAUUGAGACUGUUAGAGGUGGGAGUGGCUGCAUGUGUUUGAAUGUGUUUAUCAGUAACUGUACAAUAACAAAAAAAAUUCAAAGUUCAUUACAAAGAAGCUGUUCAGGAGCCAUUUGCUUUUGGUUUUUUAUUUAGUUUACAAGUUUUGUUUAUUGUUUAGUUUAUUUUUAUUUGCAGUAUUACAGUAGGUUAUGUAGGUUCCAUUGCACUGGUCUUAGGAUGUUUUAAUUGUCUGUUACAUUUUGUUCAUUCUUUCCAUUUUUAAUUUUUGAUGUGUUUUAAUGUGCUUUGUGUUUGAUUUUAUUUUGGACGUUUUUGCCUAUUGUAAGUGUAUUCAGUUGGGAGUUUACUUCUACAGCACAUGAUUACACAUUGUGUUUAACAUCAGGUUAAGGCUAGACUGUGUAGAGGAAGGAUUUUUAAAUGCAUUAUGUACUUCAGACUACCAUGUAAUCUAUAGAAGCCACCCACUGGAAGGCUUCCCUGUCAUGCAGUCUAGUUUUACACAAGUGGAUCCAGCUUUAUAGGGAACAAGAGAGGAGGUGUGAUAAGCUUUGAACAAAUGAAGAGCAUUGCAGUUCAAAGGAGACAUGAACUAUUAGUUCAGAACGGGCAGAUGAAGCCGUUUACCAUCCUUCCUUUUCAUGUUGUUUACUUUGCUUUAUAUAGGUGUUUUCUUUUCCCAAACAUUGGCUUUCUCCUCCAGUCACCUGACUGUUUCUUCUGCCAACAAUAUUUUAAUGUUGCCUCAGAUCCUGGUUCAUAUUAUAGUUUACAGGCUUCUGGAGAGUGGUUCUGCACGUGAUCAAAAUUGGUCUAAUUUUCUAAUUUUAGUCGAAUCUCUUGUCCAGCACUAUUAGAGAAAGAAGAAGUGAAUUGAACAGUGUUAGAAGCUCACCAUUGCGACUUCAGUUUACUUGCGCUGUAAAGUGCAGUCAUCAAAGGCACGUUUUUGUUGUUUUUGUUUGUUUUACUUUUUAAAUAUCCUUCGGGAUUGUGCUGGACCUAAAAUAAUGCUCUGUGUCCAAAAUAAUGAGAGUGACAUCUUAGAAGUGUUUACAGUAUAACGUGCCACAGAUUUGAGCUGCUCUCUACGGUAUUGAAGCGGAGUACGUUCUUUGAGUUUUAUGAAAGCACAUUGGGAUUGUUUGAGAAAGAUAUGAAUUUAGCCACACAAAGCAGAGAAAAAAGUGUUUAUGCACUAAGGUUGUCACAUAUUUCCUUUAUAAGAAGCCAUAUUGGCUCAAAUCAAGAGUUUGCAUAACACAGUGUGGUUUUGGCUCAGGUUUUGAGGCAGGAUGAAGUCAGUCUGCCGUGAUAGAGCAGCCAUUAUUGUUUAGGCAGGGAGCUUGUGCGUUAUCUUCGGCAUGCGGCUGAGUGGAUUUGGCAUCACUGUUCUGAGCUUGCGGUAUGUCACUGAACGUCAGUACGCACUUUCAUAGCCAGAGGCCAGUGAAGAACGUGUUGGGUUAGAGUUUUAUUUCCUCAGACAUUCAUACGGACUACUGCAAGGUGGGGAAAAGGGAGAAAAGGGAAGCACAGUGUGUUUGUGCGCAUAAAGCCCCUCAUUUCACCAAAGUGCCGGGAUUUAGCGCUAUUUGAAGAGCUGACCUUUUCAACAAAGUAUGCCAUAUGGUCAAACCGUCACACAUUUUGUUAUUGUACUUUCCCUUCGUCUCUUGCAUUGAUUCUUUAAAUGAUUUUCCAUCAGGCCUGAACUUAACAUGCUUUAAACGGUUGAAAUGGAAAAGCUAAUGGGCAGACCUGAACAUCAAAUACACACUGCAGCAAAUCAUAGUCAGUUGUGCAGAAAAAGGUGACUGGAGUGACAAAACUCACUGUAACUCCAACUGUCUUGUCUUUUUACUUGUGGCUUUCUGCUGCCUGUCUCUGAUCAGAUACAUGAAAUGGUACUGAGACGGUGGUUAUAUAGGAUUAGAUUCAGAAAUCUGUCCAAAUGCAUUUGGUUAAUGGAUGUUACUGUACAGCAAAAUAACCAGCUCUCUGAGUUCAAGUUCUGGAGUAGAAUGGGAUCAUUUCUUUCUCUCUGUGUGUAUUGUAUGUUGUAUUUUUAAUGGGUUUUUCAGCCAUUUACAUUCUUUAAAACACCCUCUGAAUGUCACACAUGCAUUAUAACUUAACUAACACGGUUAUUAUUAUUAUAUAUAUAUAUAUAUAUAUAUAUACAGUAUAUCUUUUACAAAUGCACAAACAUCUGAGAGAUUUUGCGGUUUUUCUGUAGUUUUUCUUUUUGCUCAACUGACCUUCAUGGGAUGGCGUGGAAUAUGGAGAGUGUCAUUAAAUGAUUUCGCUCCGUGUGUCAGAGUGAAUCGGUCAGUCGGGGACUGUUUUCGGAGAUGUCCUUCUGUCCAUCCCACCUGCAUCCAUUCUGCAUCCUCCUCCGUUGUAUCCAGCCUCCCUGUCCCAUGGCCCAAGGCAGCGCUAUGACCUCUGACUGUAGAGAGAUGUGCUCUUGGGUUCCUGAAAGGACAAAACCAAUAAACACGUGUGUUCCUUUUUCUAAA